AUGGCUUCGUCUCGGCGACCCAACUUUUUAAUUAUGGUCGCUGACGACCUGGGCUUCAGCGACACAUCUCCAUAUGGCUCUGAAAUCUCAACACCCAAUCUCGACCGCAUGGCUAAGGAUGGUCUUCGUAUGACAAAUUUCCACACGGCUGCCGCCUGCUCACCAACUCGCUCAAUGCUGCUGUCAGGUACAGACAACCACAUUGCAGGUCUCGGUCAAAUGGCCGAGUUUAUGAUGAACGCCAAGGUCAAUUGCAAAGGCAAGCCUGGCUACGAGGGAUACCUCAACUUUCGCGUUGCUGCACUGCCAGAGAUUUUACAAGAUGCCGGUUACUUCACUGUAGCUUCUGGAAAAUGGCAUCUGGGUAUGACUGCUGAAACGUCGCCGUCGCAACGUGGAUUUGACAAGUCUUUGGCUUAUCUUCCGGGUGCAGGUAAUCACUACAAUUAUGAACCACAGCUAGAUGUUCGGUUGCCACCAUUCAUGAAGAGCGAUGGCUUCUGGAUGGAAAACCAUCGUUUCAUCGACCGUACGAAUGAUCUUCCCAAGCACUUUUACUCCAGCGACUUCUUCACCACCCGUCUGCUUGAAUUUCUGGAGAAGCGCACCGAGGACGAGAAGGACAAACCUUUCUUCGGAUAUCUUACCUUCACUGCUCCUCAUUGGCCAUUGCAAGCCCCUCGGGUCAUCAUUGAUAAGUACAAAGGUUUCUAUGAUGAUGGGCCUGAUGCUCUGCGGCUCCGCCGACUAGCUCAGCUGCAGAAGCUGGGGCUUGUCCCUGAAGGCAUAGUCCCUGCCCCAGUUGUCGCUGUCACAAAAGAAUGGCAAGAAAUGAGUGAGGAUGAGAGACGCGCGUCAGCGAGAAAGAUGGAGACUUAUGCCGCCAUGGUGGACCAGAUGGACGAGAACGUGGGGCGCGUUCUUGACUACCUAGAGAAGACAGGGGAGCUAGACAAUACGUUUGUCUUAUUCAUGUCCGACAACGGUGCUGAAGGAAAUCUACUCGAAUCGUUGCCCGUCAUGUCCAGCCUCGGCGUUGCUGAAACAAUGCGUCGCUUUUACAACAACUCGUUAGACAACAUUGGAAAUUACGACUCUUUUGUCUGGUACGGCCCGCGCUGGGCCCUUGCAGCCACUGCACCUAGUCGGGGCUUCAAGGGUACGGCAGCUGAAGGUGGCAUCCGCUGCCCUUGCAUAGUUCGCUAUCCAACUGCCUCACUGUCCAACGGUAGCAUCAGUCAUGAGUUUACCAAUGUCAUGGAUAUUUUACCCACACUUCUAGACCUUGCUCAGGUUCAGCACCCAGCGCCCAUGUUCCGCGGUCGUGAGGUUGCCUCUGUACGCGGCAAAUCAUGGAUGCCUAUGCUCUCGGGUAAGUCACCUUUUGUAUACGACACAAAGCAGGAUGUCACUGGGUGGGAGUUGUUUGACAAGAGAGCGAUCCGUAGAGGUGAAUACAAGGCACUGUUUCUGCCACCGCCAGAAGGCAGUGGCGAGUGGGAACUUUACAAUUUGACGACGGAUCCAGGCGAAGUGAACAACUUGGCGAACGAGAAGCCCGAGAUACUGAGAGCAUUGUUGGACGAUUGGGAGCAGUAUUUCUCCGAAACGGGCAUGGUUGAGAUAGAUUUCGGAGAUAAUAGUAUAACCGCUAUGUAG